AUGUCACUUAUACUGAAUUAUUUUAAAAAUAAGAUUCCUUCUCUGAAUUGUACGUCACCUGCUUGCCGUAAACAUAAUCGAUUCAACGAAAAUUUAUCGAAAACGUUUACGCUGAUUGGUACUCCUUUCGUUAUGGCAUACGGAAAUUCCGAUGUUCAUUCAAUGAGUGCUGUCAUCGCAAAAGACAAUCUUUUAGUAGGCGGGGUAGAAACUGUAGAUCAAAUGUUCGGUCUUACACUUGAAGAAGGCGAUUCAUUUAUCGAAGAAGAAUUUGAUGGCAUUUUGGGUUUGGGUUUUGACGGCAAUAACGCUGAAGGAGUUACAUCACCUUUUUCAAACAUGGUUAAACAAAAAGCUGUUAAGAAUCCAUACUAUGGUCUUUAUCUUAAUCGACAAAAUGAUAAGAAUGAUAUGGGAUUAUUAACUCUUGGUGAUGUUGACACGACAAAAUUUACUGGAAAUCUUAACUAUUACAAUGUAUCUGCUGUUGAAGGUUUAUAUAAGUAUUGGAUGAUUGAUCUGGACGAUGUUUCUAUUAAUGGCAAUAAACUUAACUACAGAAAAAGAAAGGUUGUGCUUGAUAUUGGAGGUUUUAUGACAUAUAUGCCAUUUGAUGACGUUGUAACCUUUCAUAAGUACAUUAAAGGAUCAUCACAGGAUAGUAAAGGAUUUUUUCAUGUACCUUGUAACAUAACAGAUCAAAUAGCAUAUAUUUUUGGUGGAAUUAGUUAUAGUCUUGAGCCAUCAGACUUGAUUUAUAAAUCUGCAGACCAUGAUUGUAUUUCUUCAGUUCAACCUACUAUAGGAACUGUUGUCGAUGAAUAUUCAUGGGCUGUUGGUUAUUCAUUUAUAAGAAAUGUCUACUCUGUGUAUAACAUAGAAGAUUUUACAGUUGGAUUAGCUCCAGUAGCUAAAUAG